AACAUGAAAUAUCUAACGGGAUAUGCACAAUUGCCAUUAUCUCUUCACACCUGAGGCUGUCACAGUUUGCCAAUCUCUCUCUCUCUCUCUCUCGAUAUAGGACUUCAAAAUUCUAUUGAAUUACAAUAGUAGUCCACGCACUCCAAACUCUGCUUUUAGUCGUUCUUUCAUGGCAAACAGACCCAAAACAAGCCUAAGGUUCAGUUAGUUAAAAUCAUAUAUGCUUGCUUGUGCUUGAAGAUUUCAUCUCCAACUGCUUGAAAAGCAAGCAGUUUCUGUUAAAAAGAUAGUCGAAUUUUCUGGGAAAAAAGUCGAGGAAUGUAUGGUGAUUCCCGAGCAUACUCGGCGGAUUCGAUUGCUAUAUUUCCUUCAACUUGGCAACCCAAGAGAGAAGAGAUUGCAAAGAGCAAAGAACCGUCGAUGGACUCUGAGAGUAGAAUCAACUUUCAUGACUACAGACAGUAUCAGCACUACCAGAACAAUUCUGGGUUGUUGAGGUUCCGCUCAGCUCCGAGCUCUUUGCUUGCAAGUUCCACAGAUGGGGUUGUUAAGAAUUGCAAUUCGAAUCAAGAACAUCAAGGGUUGAAUUCAAGAUUUAGUUCCUCUACCAGGAAUGGAACUUUGAUUUCAGAGAGUUUUCAUGAUUUGGAAGAUAAUAAACCUUUGGAUAAUGGGUCUUAUUCCUUGAGUUCACAAUACCCACCUCAGUAUCCGAGACAAGUUACAGGAACCCAAGUGUAUGGUGUGGAUUAUAGGGUUGUGAGUUCAAUGGGAAUGGAACAUCAGGGGCAAGGAAAAUUGGGUUCCAAUCUCAUGAGGAAAAAUAAUUCCCCAGUUGGGUUUUUCUCUCACCUCACUGCUCAAAAUGGCUAUGCCACGAUGAGAGGUAUUGGAAACUACAGACUGGAAAAUGGUUCUAAUGAUGAUUUAAGUCCACCAUCAAGCAGGUUGAAAGGUCAGAUGAAUUUCUCCUCCAGGGUACCAUCUUCCUUGGGAAUUUUGUCUCGAAUAUCUGAAAAUGAGAGUGAAAACAUUGCGGUGAGUGGUCCUGAGGGUGAAAGGCUUGGAAAUGGCAAUGGAGAGACUCAAUUUUCCAGCUUUGGAUACCCAUUUGGUUCAUGGAAUGAUUCGUCACAGUUCACACCGAGUUUCACUGGCCUGAAGGGGGAGAGAGACGAUGAUGGGAAAUUAAUUGCUGCUAUUCAGAAUGGGGAGCUAGGAAAUCACAUGCCUAUUUUGUCACACCACUUAAGUUUACCAAAGACUUCAGCUGAAAUGACUGCCAUGGAGAAGUUACUACAAUUUCAAGAUUCUGUUCCCUGUAAAAUCCGUGCAAAGCGAGGUUGUGCCACUCAUCCACGAAGCAUUGCAGAGAGGGUAAGAAGAACUCGGAUCAGUGAACGAAUGAGGAAACUGCAAGAGCUUGUUCCAAACAUGGACAAGCAAACGAACACAGCAGAUAUGUUAGAUUUGGCUGUUGAGUACAUUAAAGACCUUCAAAAACAGUACAAGACUCUUAGCGAUAAUCGGGCAAGUUGCAAAUGUUCCAGUAUGCAGAAGUCAGACCCUAAUCAAACAGUUUGAUUGCUUCUGUACAGAAAAUAAGGGAAAGAUUGAAAAGUUGAUAGCUAUAUAGGGCUUCUCUUUUUUCUGCCCAGAAGAGAAAGAAGAGAGAAAUUUGAUUUUUUCUUUUUUCUGUGAAGUGGGUGUGAAGAAGAUGGGAUGCUACAAUUUCAGCUGUAAGAUCUAGAGACUAUAAGGGUUAAGCAAACAAGGUUUCGAACUAUAUGAUUAGGGAGGCUAAAAUAGAU